AAAUCAGGUGAUGGCACCGGAGGGGAAUCUAUCUGGGGCGGUGAGUUUGAAGACGAGUUUCGUAGAGACUUGCGGCACGAUCGACCAUUUACAGUAAGCAUGGCUAAUGCAGGACCGAACACAAACGGCUCGCAGUUCUUCAUCACUGUCGUACCAACGGUAAGUACACCAGAGAGAAAACAAAGUUUGAAAUCGUUCUUUAGACAACGGUGGGUUCAAAGAAAAGGGGACAACAGAUUUUCUCGCUAAAACGUUUGCAAUUUUUUUCAUCCAUUCAGUGGAAGUUUUCUUUAACUUUGAAUUUCAAGGGACAGAAGCCUGCCACGGAGGGGGUAGAGUUUGACACGAGAACAACCAUUACAAUUUCAAAAAAAAAAUUUUGAAAGCUGACGCUGUGAAGAUGAUAUAUGGGUACGCGUUGUAAGAGCUUCUGUGAGGCGGGGAAGCGCGUAACCUUGAAAUUCCCUAACCUAUCGUAUAUGGGCCUAUACCCAGUGUAGCUCUUUUGACCUUUUGAUUGGUCGAGAAAACUCGCCUCAUCUUUUACCCAACCAAUCGGAUGCUAAACAAAAAUCAAGUCCGACGUGGUAUCCCUCGUUUUCCCACGCUUUAGGCUGUUCGCCUGAUAUGAUUGGCUGUUGUGACAACCUCGGUUUUAACACCUUUCUUUUUAAGUACCUUGCACCACUGACUGAUUAAAAGUUAGUUCAUUUUUUUUUCUUCUUGUCACAACAGCCUUGGCUUGACAACAAGCACACUGUGUUCGGCCGCGUCGUCAAAGGAAUGGACGUGGUGCAAGAGAUAAGUAAGGUGAAAACAAAUCCUAAGGACGAUAAACCGUACGACGACAUCAAGAUUAUCAACGUUUCUUUGAAAGGCUAAGAUGGCAUCAGAGCUGAGGAAAAGAAACGUGAAUUAACCACAAAUUUACACCCCUUGUUUAUCAUGCUGAGCAAUUUGAAGUAAUCGCACUGGUUUUAACGAUUCAGUUAAAAUAAACGGUCCAACAAAAUGGAAUCAUAAGGAUUAAUCUUGAUACCGACCGCAAUUUUUAGAGUUGUUAUUUGUGGAAGGACAGGAAAAAAUGCUACGGAAAAAAACACCUUCACCAAAAAAAUUUGGUUUCCAAACGUUUCCGCCGUCAUAGAACGAUAAGUGGGAGCAAGCUUCAAACUCUCCUUGAGACAUCUAAGGAAAGCACCAACGCAACAGUGACCACUUUUUAGAAAAUGUCCUGUUUUAUUUAAGACAAGUCGUUUCUCUAUAUCAAGAAAGAUUUUAUGUAAGAUACACUUUAUACAAAAUAAAUAACACAUUAAUUCUGACCUAUAUUCAAGUACAAACCUCUUUUUUUUUAGAAUUAUCAAAUUUUUUGUUUGUAUGUUUGUUUUUCAUAACAUAGCUUCUUUGCUAUUAAAAUCUGUGAUCUUGGCCUUCAAACAACUGCGUUAAAGACGUUGGUAACCUAAUUCGCUAUAGAUCAUCCUACGAACUCCCUUGAAAUUUUAAAGUCCGCAUUCGUGACUUCUUAAACACCACAAACUUUUUUUUUCAUGUCGGACAAUAAAACCUAUGAGAGUUCAAAAAUCCUUUUGCGGUUUUUCCUUGAUAUUUUACAUAAAAAAACAGCUUUCAUGUAAUAGUUACCGGCGCUCACACCUAUGUAUGGAUUUUACCGACACUUACGAGCCACGUAAGUCAAAGAAUGACUCAUCAAAGCGACUCGGUUUCCAGAGUUUUUUUUUUUAAUCCGAAUCUGCCUUCCUUUUCUCUUGGGAUCCUGCGGAAUUAUCGACAGACCUGAUCAACUUGGUCAAUAUCUGCGCCUGUAGAAAUAAAGAAUAAAUAUCGCAUUAUUUUUUUUUUUAGGAAAGUUCUACCACUAUCUAAACAUACAGAGUUAGAACUAGAGUUUUUCUCAACCGUACUGCGCUGUAAUUUAUGACCGGCGACCAUUAAAAACUUGCGACUGAAAGCUGCGACUCUGAAGGCGUGACACGCAACCAUAAGUCAAGCUCAGUAAAUUACACUGCAAUUUGAUUAUCUACAAAUUUCGCUGACCGCAACAAACCAAAACCUUCGUGUGAUUGUUUUAAGCAGGAAUUUGUUUUUCUUAAAUUACAAUUUAUUGAGAUCUACAUUUCGAAAUAUUUAAGUAAUGUAGUUAAUUUACACGAAGGUGAAGCUGCGAUUAUAAGCUCAAAUGACAACGUAAACAAUCUGUGAAUUUGUGGUUGCCACUAUUGAUUAGAUCACGAUUAACAUUUUAAACAUUUACGCGUUCGUGGUUUUCUGAGUUAGAGGCAGACUGAAUUGACCGAUACACUCCUCGUUAAAGAAUAUUAAAAUUUUAAGAUAUUAGGCACGCACAUCAUCAAGAACAAAAGCCAUUUCAAAUUCAAUCUGUAAACCGCGAGCGGAUGUUUUUGGAAACAAAAUUUGGCUAGGAGAGGAAUGUUUUCGCUUUUUCCCCCUUCCCGCCUCCUUCAAAAGAAAUUUUUUGUGAAAGUUGAUAUAAAACGAAGCAAUAAGUAAAAAGGAAUAUCUAAAUUCUUCUUAAGGGAGGGUUAUUGACUUUGUUUUUUCUUUUUUCGAUGAAUAUGUCGCUAGGUUACCAAUUUCAUAGUGGAACAAUCCCAUUGAAUCAAUCUCUUUUCCAAAUAAAAGCUCAAGCCCUGACAAACCGUAAAAGCCAUGGCAGGCAAUUGGAAAGCUAGAUUAUUAUUUUACAGCAUUAGCUUGGGAAGCUCUCUUUUAAUCCUACAAUACUGGUUCCUCGACAGCAAAAUACAAUCGAGAAAGAUGUCCGAUCAGCGAAUAGCUACAAAAUUAUUCUUCAGCAGCGGGCCGCAGACAUUACGAAGGAGAAAUGAUUCGAAACUCGUUCUUUUCUACACGACUUUAUUCGGUGAACGACCAUGGCGAGGACUUUCUAACGAUUACAAUUUCACAAACUGGAACCGAAUACCUUGUGUUGUGCAGGCAUGUAGAAUCUCUUACAACCGGAAAGACCUUAAUCGGAGUGAUGCAGUGAUAUUCCACGGACGAGAUUUACCCAGUGUUUCUCACAUGAAACGCAUAAUGAAGUAUAAAACUCCACAUCAGAGAUGGGUUUAUUUUAUACAUGAAAGCCCUCAAUUUACUUUUUACGAACCAUGGCUGUAUAACGGGUUUUUUAACUGGACUAUGUCCUAUCGGAGGGAUUCGGAUUUCUUCGUGCCCUACCGAACGUACACCCAACUUCAGCCCGACGAGAUUGAAAACGAGGAAACGCAAGAUAGAAAUUAUGCAUCGAGCAAAGAUAGACUUGUGGUUUGGGUUGUGAGUCACUGCCAGGGUUUGCGCGAAGAGUUCGUCAAAAAACUCAUGAAAUACGUCAAAGUGGAUGUGUUUGGAUGGUGUUCAAAGAGAUUUAACCAAACUGAAACGUGUCCGAGGCAAUCUUCGGCUUGCGACGAUACGUUAAAACGCUAUAAAUUUAUCCUUGCAUUUGAAAAUUCAUACUGCUCGGAUUACGUGACCGAAAAGUACUGGUACAUGCCAUUUGACCACGAUAUUGUGCCGGUAGUUUUCGGAGGCGCUUCGUACGACCAGAAAAUCGCUAUACCUGGCUCUUUUAUCAACGUUUUGGAUUUCGCGUCGAUUAAAACUCUAGCUGAUUAUUUACUUUUCCUGGAAAGAAACGAGAAAGCUUACAACGAGUAUUUUUCAUGGAGAAAACGCUACAAACCGGUUCUUCCCGAAUCAUGGACUUGCCAUAUGUGCGCUGCACUCAACAAUAUUUCAAUACCAUCCAAAGUUUAUAAAAAUCUUGAGGACUUCUGGGGAGAAAGGAGUGAUUGUGCAACCAAAGAAAGAAGAAUAAGAAAAUUAGUAGAAAAGAUGGACUGA